ACUGCAGGGGGCAGUAGAGCGCAGUCUACCUUCGUUUCCACGAAGAAGAAGACGCAGUUGAAAACGGAAGUAGAGUUUUCCGGUGUCCUUGUGUGUCUGCGUGUGAAGAUGUACAGAAACGUACUUGCUCUACAGCAGGUGGCCCGGCGGUCCAUCUCCAGCUCUGCCCGCCGGGAGGUCAAGAACAGAGUCCCAGAGCAACAGAAGUUGUUUCAGGAGGAUAAUGGGCUGCCGGUUCAUUUGAAAGGAGGCCCUGCUGAUGCUCUGCUGUACAGAACAACCAUGACACUCACUGUCUUCGGAACUGGAUAUGUUCUAUAUGAACUGUGGAAUGCAGCUUUCCCUAAGAAGAAACCAUAACUCCACUGCUUCAGCUGUUUACUUCCAGUUUAAAAACCAGCCAGCCGCUCUAUAUUGUAUGUAAAAAUUUGGCCAUGUGUUUCCGGUUGUGGCGGGGUAUAGUUUCAUGUUCAUGGGAUCAAUAUUUAUUUCUUGUACUCUCUCUCUGAUGACCUGAGGAUCAAUAAAAUAUCUCAUGACCCAAA